AUGGGUUACCUAGUGUGUAGUACUCAGAACAUAUAUGUGAUGGUGCCAAAAUCUGUGUGCAGUGAAGCCUGCCAUCCAGGAUUCAGAAAAGUUGUACGACAAGGACAACCAUUGUGUUGCUUUGACUGUCUCCCUUGUUCAGAUGGAGAGAUUUCUAACAAAUCUGGCAAUAGUAUUUGUAUAAAAUGUCCAGAAGAUUAUUCGUCAAAUACCGAGAAAGAUUUCUGUAUCGCAAAAUAUGUUGAGUUCCUCUCGUAUGAAGACCCCCUGGGUACCUCACUAGCUGCCAUUGCUGUUGUUUUCUCACUCAUGCCUGUGGGGGUCCUUUGUAUAUUCAUCAAACAUCAUGACACACCAGUUGUCAAAGCAAAUAACCGGGAAGUCAGCUACUUUCUCCUUAUAAGUAACCUCUUAUGUUUGCUGACUGCUUUAAUAUUCAUUGGUCCCCCAAAGAAUGAAACAUGCAUUUUCAGACAGCCAGCUUUUGGCAUAUUCUUUUCUAUCUGUGUUUCUGCUGUACUUGCCAAAACUAUCACUGUAGUAAUUGCUUUUAAGGCAACAAAACCUGGAAGCCGACUGAAAAACUUGGUUGGGUCAAAAACAUCAUUUUGUAUAAUAUUUUGUUGUUUUUUGUUUCAGUUUAUUAUAUGUAUUGUGUGGAUAUCAGUUUCUCCACCCUUCCCAGAGACAGACAAAAAGCUUCCAGAGAAAAAAGUGAUUCAAUGCAAUGAGGGUUCGGUAUUCAUGUUCUAUUGCAUGCUGGGAUAUUUAGGUAUAUUAGCAACUCUAAGCCUCUUAAUAGCUUUUCUUGCAAGAAAUCUACCAGAUAGCUUCAAUGAGACCAGGUUUAUCACAUUUAGUAUGAUUGUUUUUGUAAGUGUUUGGUUGACAUUUAUUCCAGCUUACAUCAGCACAAAAGGGAAAUAUAUGGUAGCAGUUGAGAUUUUCGCCAUUCUCUCAUCCAGCAUUGGAUUACUACUUUGUAUUUUUUUACCAAAGUGCUAUAUUAUUGUAAUAAGACCACACAUGAAUACAAAAGGAUACAUUGUGAGGCAGCAAAAUACUGUACUUAAAUAA